UAAUCAUAUUUUCUAUAUUAUUGUAUUUUCAUUUGUUUUUUGUGUGUUUGUUAGUUUUUUUAUUUUAUUUUAGUGAAUUCUGUUACACAUGCUCAUCAUAUAUUAAGAAACUUGAAACUAUUGUGUGUAAAGAAGUGAAUUAUCACAAAAUAUUGAUGAGUCGAUAAUUAGUUAAGCGGACUCCAUAAAUCUUUUGAUUUCUUUUAUUGGAAAAGAUGAAAUUGUACAAAAUCUUACUUUAUCUUAUCACAAAGAAAACAGGUUUAUUCCAAAGUACAUCUCUCUCCUUGCACUUACACAUCACAAAGAAUCUCUUUAGUAGUCUCUCUUUAUGAAAAGAAAAGAGAGAAAAACAAGAGAGAAUGUUCACUGAAUUUAAAACUUUGGUUUCAGACACAUUAGUCUUAUUCCUUUUAUUAUCUACCACUUUUGGUAUGAUAAAUUUAUUUCAAACCACAAUAUGCUUCUAUUAAUUCAUUACCACUUAUCUCACAUGGAAAGAAGCAUAUUCACAUUUCUUGUCCCACAAGUACCUUCAAAAUAACCUUUCUUUAUCUCUACUCAACGAACUUCAAAGUAAGCCUGACAACUUCAUCAUCUUCUUAUACCACUUCUUGAUUUAUCUCUAAGAACCAAACAUAAGCCAAAACCUAGGAGAGAAAAUGGGAGACCAAGGAGUGCAACAGAUGCAGCAACCUGUUGUAGUGUAUCCAACCGCAUACACUAAACAGUAUCCAUAUCAAUCCUCUUCGUCUUCAUCUUCCUCUGGCUCUCGCGGUUCUUUUGGUACGGUCUUCAUAGUCCUAGCCGUAAUCCUUGUCUUGUCAGUUCUGGCUUGUGUCUUCGGGAGGCUAUUCAACCGUGAGGCUAAGCAGCACCACAGCAAGCAACCAAAAGGGUCGUCUAAGAAGAGCCGUGAGAUUCGGCCUGUGGACCGUGAGCCAAGGGAGAGAGGUGAUUUGGAGUUUGGGUUGGACAUGAAACGCCCUGAGAAUGUUGAGAAACCCUCUCGAAGAGAUCAGGGUGAUGAUAUAGAAUUGGGGUUUGAUAACAAGAGAGAAGAAAGAGGAAGAGGGGGUCCACCUCCUCCUCCCGUUAUCAAACAUGGAGUGAGGUUCAAGUUACCGGAAAAUGGAGACCAUCAUGCUAAAGGUGAAGUCAGACGUGGAGGUCCUGACUUUGAGUUCCGACCAAGACACUAAUUAUCUUGUUGUGUCCAAAAACAAACCACUUAUGCUUAUUAUAUCUUAACUGCUUUAUUUCGUUUCUUGUUUGUGUGUUUUUUUUUUUUUUUCCUUUUCUUUUCUAGAUUGAUUUUAUGGGUAUGGAACUUAGAGCUGAAGCUAUCAAACUUCUAAGUCUCUUGGUGUGAUAUAUACAGCAUUUUCUAUGUAAAUUCUAUAAGAAUCUUGGCAAAAUUAAAGAAUCAACAAAAUUCUAGAA